AUGUCGGGGAAAAUGACAUUGUACAAAUUGGUGGUGCUAGGGGAUGGUGGUGUCGGAAAGACAGCCCUCACAAUUCAGCUUUGUCUAAACCAUUUCGUUGAAACCUAUGAUCCGACCAUCGAAGACUCGUAUCGUAAACAAGUCGUGAUUGAUCAACAGUCGUGCAUGUUGGAAGUACUGGACACAGCAGGUCAGGAGGAAUAUACUGCGCUGAGAGACCAAUGGAUCCGUGACGGCGAAGGGUUCGUCCUCGUUUACAGCAUCACCUCGAGAGCUUCGUUCUCCCGCAUACAGAAGUUUUACAAUCAGAUCAAGAUGGUCAAGGAAUCGGCCAACUCCGGAUCGCCCUCGGGAGCCAGUUAUCUGGGAUCCCCGAUUCACACGCCUUCGGGCCCCCCGCUUCCGGUGCCGGUCAUGUUGGUCGGUAACAAAAGCGACAAGGCCGUUGAGCGCGCCGUUUCGGCUCAGGAGGGACAGGCGCUCGCCAAGGAUCUUGGUUGCGAAUUCGUCGAGGCUUCCGCAAAGAACUGCAUUAAUGUGGAGAAGGCCUUUUAUGACGUGGUCCGCAUGUUGCGACAGCAGCGUCAGCAACAGCAAGGGCGAUCUCAGGAUAGACGAACGACCGGUUUGGGUGCCGGGCGUGAUCCUGGUCCCGAAUAUCCCAGAUCGUUCCGGCCCGACCGUACAGGAAGCCAUCGCCGCCCCUUCAAGUGCACGAUUCUGUGA